AUGGACAAACCCGCCAAUCUAUUACAAUCUCUGAAAGUAAUCGAAGAUCAGGGGAAAGUCGCAUCGUAUUUAAAUCAUGGGUAUAGUUCUCGGAGGUUGAACGCCAAGCUUGUUCUUGCAGCUGUCCCCAGGCGCAGUUUCGAAGACUCAAAUAUGUCGGAGAAGAACCAAGACAUUAUCACAACCAGCGGGUCGAAUAGUCAAGGCGAGGCUAUCGAUAUCAAAAAUAUCGGUAGUCUUAGAUCAAUUCGGUCUCGCACCGGUGCCGGACAAGUCAAUUACAUCAAUGCUACAUCGGCCACCGACGAUAAUCAAUUGCUUGCCGAGAUCGGCUACAAGCAGGAAUUGAAGCGUCAAUUUUCCACGGUACAAGUUUUUGGUAUCGCAUUUUCUAUCAUGGGUCUACUUCCCUCGAUUGCUUCUAUUAUGGGCGGCGCCAUUGCCGGUGGAUCAGUCUCGUUCGUUUGGGGUUGGUUCGUUGCCGGGUUUUUCAUCCUUUUGGUCGGUAUUACAAUGGCGGAAAAUGCCAGCGCCAUUCCCACCGCAGGCGGUUUGUACUAUUGGACAUGGUACUAUGCUCCGGAAGGUUAUAAAGAGGUGAUCUCCUUUGUCAUUGGUUGUUCUAAUUCACUGGCGCUGGUCUCUGGUGUAUGUUCCAUCGACUACGGUUUGGCUGAAGAAAUCAUGGCUGCAGUUGUUUUGUCGAAAGACGGAAAUUACGAACCAAGCAGAGGUGCUUUGUACGGUGUUUUCGCCGCAAGCGUUGUGGCCAUGACGCUUUGCACUUGUUUGGCUUCAUCUGUCAUUUCCCGUUUGCAAACUGUGUCGAUUGUCUCCAAUUGUUUCAUCAUCUUGCUUCUCUUCAUUGCUCUGCCAAUUGGUACCAAGAUCAACAGAGGAGGCUUUAACGAUGCCUCCUACAUCUUUGGGAACUUCGAAAAUUUGAGUGAUUGGAACAACGGCUGGCAAUUCUGUUUAACAGGUUUGAUGGGUUGCGUGUGGACCAUCGGCGCAUUUGACUCGUGUGUUCAUCAGUCUGAAGAGGCCAAGGAUGCCAAAAAGGCUGUCCCAAUUGGUAUCAUCGGUUCCAUCUUGGCGUGCUGGGUUUUGGGUUGGUUGAUCAAUAUUGUUCUAAUGGCUUGCGCUUCGCAGGAUUUGAACGCCAUCUUGUCCUCGCCAACUGGAUUUGCGUUGGCUCAAGUCAUUUACGACAGUUUGGGCAAGAAAUGGGCCAUUGCAUUCAUGUCCUUGAUCGCGUACUGUCAAUUCCUGAUGGGAGCUUCUAUCAUGACCGCCGUCUCUAGACAAAUUUGGGCAUUCGCGCGUGAUGAUGGUCUUCCUUUCUCGUUCUACAUCAAGAAAGUCCACAAAGCUACUUCUGUUCCGAUGAUCGCUGUCGGUUUCGCCGGUGCUUGUUCUUUGGUGCUUGGUCUAUUGUGUUUGAUCGACAACGCCGCUGCAAGCGCUCUGUUCAGUUUGGCAGUUGCUGGAAACUAUCUUGCUUGGAGCACUCCAAGUGUUUUGAGAUUAACUUUUGGUAAAGAUAUCUUCCGGCCAGGUCCAUUUUAUCUCGGUAAAUUCUGGUCUCCAAUUGUUAACUGGGUCAGCAUCUUGUUCCAAUACUUCAUUAUCAUCUUGGUUAUGUUCCCUGCGACUCAACACGGAGUUGAAAAGGAUACGAUGAACUACGCCUGUGUCAUUGGUCCUGGUAUCUGGAUAUUGGCCUUGGUGUAUUACCUUGCCUAUAAGAAGAAGUAUUUCCAUGGACCAAAAUCCAACUUGACAGACCAAGAAUUCGCUGAAGCUGUGGGUUCUAAUGUGUUGGAUGAAAUUCUAUCUUCUAACGGGAAAGGCGUGUAG